CUGCAAGUAGGCAACGAGCUGUUCGAUGCAAUCCAUGGCAAGUUCACGCUGAUGCCGGGGUUCCUCAUCGACGACGCUACACGUACGCUGGCGCUGAUUGUCAUGUUCACCUGGUUUGACCUGGAUGAUUCGGUAGACGUAGUGGAGAAGAUGCUGGAGCUGGGCAAGGCGUCAGAGAAGCACGAGAUUCUUGCGCUGCAGAUGAUGCAUGCGUUUGUUGAGGAGUUCAACAAGGAGCUGCCGGCAAAGUACCUUGCAAAGCAGCGACGCGUGGUGGUGAUGUUCCGCGACAAGGAGCUCAAGAGCAUCUUUGAGCACUCACUGAAGACCAUGCGCAGCACCAUCCAGGCGAUGGGCACCAGCAACAGCGAUGACAAGCGGCACAUCCUGUCGAAUUCGCUGGUGCUGCAGCGCGACUGUCUGUCGUUCGACUUCAUUGGCCUGGCGCCUGAUGAUGCCUCCGACGACGCAGUUGCGAUCCAGGUCCCGUCGUCAUGGAAGGAUCUGAUCCAAAUUGACAACUUUUUGGAUCCGUACUUUGACGGGUACAAGCACAGCAGCCCGCCCGUCAGCAGCCUGUUCCUCGAGGUGCUGGUAAUGCUGGCCUCAAUCCGCCGGUCGUUCUACAUGGAGACAGUGCGUGUCACCUUUGUCAAGCGCAUGUCGGCAGGCAUUGUUGAGAUCCUCCAAGGUACCAUCGGGCUCGAGGAUGUUGAGAACUACCACCACCUGUGCCGCCUGCUGGCGCGUUUCCGGUGCAUCCACACGCUGGUGGAGAUUGAGGAAACUGCCGUGUACCGUGAGCUACUGGUUUCGGCUGCACAGUUCACGUCAACUGCGCUGACUCUGUGGGAGUGGUCGCCAAACAGCUUUGCGCCGCUAUUGACGUUCUGGGCCAAGAUUGCGACGACGCACGACGCGCGAGACAACGAGAAGAGCAGCAUCGCCGGGGACGUGAUUUCGGAAUCCCUGCCGCAGAUCGUAAAGCUGUACCUGGAUUCGAUGGUGCAGGUGACGUCUCGUGUGGUGAUGGGGGACUCGGCGGCAGACAACCCGCUCGAAGACACCGACGGGCUGGUCGAGAACAUCACCCUCUUGACCAACAUUGUGCGGUCAUCCUAUGCGACUUGCGCGCCAGUCAUCGUCAACUUGUUCCGCGAGAUGGCCGGCGAGUACCAGAGCCUCCUGUCUUCGGGACAGAUCAACGAGGAGGGCUUGAUGACGAUUGAGAGCCAGCUGACAUGGCCCACAUAUGCCCUGGCGCUGUGCAUUAAUGGGCGGCAGCCGUACAAGACUAUGGCUGAGGACGACGUUAUUGACGCUGAGAUGUUUUCCAUCGGUAUGGAGCUGGAUCAGCUGGUGCAGCGGCGGCUUUCGAGCCCAAUUGCUGUGCCGCCGUGCGAGGCGUUGGAGCUAGCGUUUCUGCAGCUCUACUACUCUUUCCGGGCCAGCUACAUCGGCGAGCAGGGGUACAAGACAACGUCGAUAUUCGCAAAGCUGUCAGAAAUCGCUGGCAUCACCGAUUCGGCCGCUGUGCUCGAGAUUACGAUGCAGAAGGUGAUGUUCAACCUCAAGACAUGGCGCACGCAGACAGCUGUGAUCAGUCGGACGCUACAGCUCUUGCACGACAUGUCCAUUGGGUACGUCAGUGUGCGGCAGAUAACCAAGCUGAACACGAUCAAGCUCCUGCUAGCAAACCACAGCAGCGAGCAGUUCCACUUUUUAUCGUGCAUGGGCGAGUACAAGCAGCGUGCCCUGUACUACUCUGCGCUGGCGCGGAUUCUGAUGGCGAGCGACUCGUCUGCAGCGACGUUUGCGGAAUUUGUACGGCCAUGGAGCGCCAUGAUCGACGGCAUGCUGAGCCUUCCAGAUAUGCAAUUCGCACAGCCCAGCAUGCGGCUGAGCCUGAUCCGUAUUCUGCGCGAUCUGCGCGGGUUCUUGACAGCGCUGUCGACGCGGGCAGGGUUCACCAUGUUCUUCAACUGGAUCUGCCCUAGCUAUAUCCAGCUGGUGCACCGCUGUCUGCUGCUGAGCAAGGACCCGCCGGUCCAUGUUGCCGCGCUCAAGUUCAUGUCAGAAUUUGUGUUCAACCGCACGCAGCGGCUAAACUUUGACAUCUCGUCGCCGAACGGGAUCCUGAUCUUCCGCGAGGCCAGCAAGGCAAUGUGGGAGUAUGGCAGCUUUAUUCUGAAAACCAGCGACCCAGUACGCGACAUAUACAAGGACCGGUACAAGGGCGUGUCUGUGUGCUUCAACAUCCUGACGCGACUAUUCAUGGGCAAAUACGUGGCCAUUGGCGUCAUGCCUCUAUAUGGCGACGAGGCGCUAGACAAUGCGCUCAAGAUCACGCUCGAGAUGCUGAAGCAAUUCCCAAUCAGUGACGUCAUUGCGUAUCCAAAGCUGGGCAAGGCGACGCUGACGAUGCUCGAGACGUUGCUGGCCAAGACAAACCUUGAGCUAGUCGACCUGGACAAUGCGGCAUAUGAGCAUAUUAUGCAGAUCUGCGUCGAGGCAUUUGACCACGCCGAGGUGGCCGUGUCGUCGUCGGCGUGCACUGUGAUCAACUCUGUGAUUACCAACGCCAUCGAGGGCGUGGAAGACGGCGUUGCGCGCGCUGAGGACCUGGCCAAGCUGGUGCAUGGGCGGGUCGACAUCAACCAGUACCUGCUCAAGGCGCUGCUGAAUAUUGUGCUGUUUGAAGACCGGUCAAACGACUGGUCGUUUUCGCGGCCGCUGUUCUGCCUGAUGGUGCUCCAGUUUGACUUUGCCAUGCAGCACACGCAGCAGAUUGUUCAGUACCAGCCGGCGGAGCGGCGCGAUGACCUGAUUGCGGCGCUCAAGGCGCUGUUCUCGGCGACCGAGUUCCAGCUGAAGUCGGCCAACCGUGAUGCGUUUACACAGGCACUGACGCAGUACCGCCGGGAAGUCAACACCAAGAACCUCAUUUUGAUGGUGCCCACAGACCAGACACUGGGUGCGCCUGUGCAGAUCCUGAGCGGCACCAACAGCGGCGAGGAUGCGUCUGCCAUGGCCGAUUAGAGAAAUUGACAUAGCUACACUCCAUGUUCAAUAAAUCAGUUUAGGAGCGGUGGCAGCGAGCCGGCCAUGCAU